AGGAUGUCUUCUACUAGCAAAUACUCCACUCCUCCAUGUGCCGCUUGCAAAUUUUUGAGAAGAAAAUGCUUGCCAAGUUGUGUUUUUGCACCUUAUUUUCCUCCAGAGGAGCCAAUAAAGUUUACAACCGUACACAAAGUAUUCGGGGCCAGUAAUGUGAGCAAGCUUCUGAACGAAAUCCAGCCUCAUCAAAGAGAAGAUGCAGUCAAUUCUCUAGCUUAUGAAGCGGAGGCGCGAUUAAAAGAUCCUGUCUAUGGAUGUGUUGGAGCAAUUUCAGUUCUUCAAAGGCAAGUUCUUCGCCUCCAGAAGGAACUCGAUGCAACGAAUGCUGAUUUAAUGCGAUACGCCAAUUAUGAAAAAGUUAAUAAUAAUAAUAAUAAUCAAGAAAGGAAUCAUAAUUUUCAGUAUGGGAGAAGAAUGGUGAAUUCUGGUUACUAUAAUUAUUCUUCUGCAUGGAACAAUGGUAUUUCUGGAGGUCACAACAAUAUUGGUACUGAUAAUUGUGAUGGUGGCAGGUGAGGAAUUGUAUUUGUUAAUUAACUUUGUUUUUUCAAUUGAGGGAAAGGAAAUUGAACUUGAAUUAAUGUACAAAUUGAAUAUUGUGUAUUUGGUGGAUUAUUG